AAUUCUCCUAAACAGGAACAUACUCCUGUAGGAGUUGGGGCUUCUUCUGUUGAAGUUGGGGUAGCAGGCAGAAUAAAGGUUGGAGUAACAGAACUGAUUAACGAUGUGGUAGGAGCAAUUGUAUUUUCAGGGGCAAUUGUAUUUGCAGGAGCAAUUGUAUUUUCAGGAGCAAUUGUAUUUUCAGGACCGAUAGUAGGGCUAGUUGAAGAUGUGAAUGUAGUAGUAGGACCAGUUAGAGAUGUGAAUUCAAUAGCAGGAGUGAUUGUAGAUGCGAAUGUUGUAGUAGAACCAGUUGAAGGACCAGUUGCGAAUGCAGGAGCAGUACCAACUAAAGAUGUGAUUGUAGUAGAUGAUCCAGCCAAAGACGUAGUUAUUAAAGAGACUAAAGCAGUAGGCAACGGCGGAUUUACUAUUGUUUCAAAUGAAAUUUGA